AUGGAAAACGAGGCUAUUUUCCGAAAACUUUUGUCAGGGAAAUGAACGUCAUUAUACAUAGUCCAAGCUUUAAAGUUCCCACAGAGAUUGCCCUUGCCCAAACUCAGCCACCAGUAGAUGGAAAUCGAGAAAACGUGAAGAAAAUGGAUCAGGCAGAUUUUGACAAGGAGGCAUCGGUUGUAGAGCAGACGGAUGGCACAGAAACAGGAGCAGAGAGUGAUGUGAUAGAUGUAGAUGGUGACACAGAAACUAUAGUCACAGACACAAAUGCAGAGGACAAUACUGAUGACGAUGAUACAGAUGUAGAGGAUGAUGCAGAUGUAGAGGACACUGACCUUGAUGAUCCAGAUAUUGAAGAUGAUACAGAUAUUGAGGAUGAUACAGAUGUUCAAGAAGAAAGUGAUGCCAGAGAUGAGACUAAUAUUGAAGACAAGCAAGAUACGAAACCUGUUGCUGCUGAUCCUCAACCUCUUAAAGUGGAAAGCAAUGGUAGCGAAGUUGAGGAGAAAAAUGCCAAAGAACCUGAGGAAGCCCAAGGAGACACAAAGAUAAAGCCUCCAGAGCCUGUUCCCGACACCGAAAAAGAUGACACCGAAAUAGAUGAGACUGAAGUGGGAGAGGAAGAAGUGGAGAGUUCUCAGGCAGGGGAGACAAUCCAACCUGACCUGAAAGAUAUUACAGGUGGUGCAAAAUCUAAGGAAGUAAAUUAUAAUGAGCUUCGGGAGCAGGCCACAGAAAAGGAGAUUAACGAACUACAUCAGCGACGUCUCCAGCAGAGUGUUAGCGUGGACGAUGGGGCGGUUGAAGAUAUAGAUGCACUUAAUGCCUUAUUAACCAAGAAGAAAAUUCCUAAAGUGGAACCAGAGCCAGAAAUAACAGAUGGGCAGGGCAAGGUCAACACAUCUGGAGCCGCAGAAGAAGGCACUGAUGUUACAAAGACAAUUGAGCCUCAGCCUGUUAAAGUGACAGGAGAAACUGUAGAGGCGCCAAAGGGGGUGCCCAUUAAUGAGACAAAUGACAUGGAUGUUAACCCCCCGAAGGAUACUCUGGAACUAAUAGAGGAGGUGGUUGAUGUGCCUGGUUUGGAGGGUGAAGCCCUGCCGGUAAUACCGGACCCCACUGAUGUCACAGAGAAGAGUGAAGAAGUGAAACAGGCACUGGAGGACCACCAUGUUGUCAAGCUGGAGACGACUAAACCAGAAUUACAAUCAACAGCAACCCUUAACCUUGAUGUGACCUUGACAGCAUCUGAAGCUGAUCAGGUGAUGAUCACACCAACGAUUGCUGAAAGUGAUCCAGAACCUUCAGUUGCCACUACCGCAUUGCCUACCCUGAAGGCAGUGUCUGAUUAUGAGAUAAAGUUUGAAAAAUCUCUGGUGGAAGGGACAGAUACAAGUAAGGAAUUACCAGACAUCCAAGCCUCACCAAGUAUCCCAGAAUCACCUUCCACAACUCUGCUGGAAGACAAGCCGGAUAAUCCUGAACCUGAGCUUGUACCGUCAUCAGAAAUGUCCAUUGUUCCAGCAGAGUCCAGUACAUCUGAAGCAGGCACUGUGACUGAAUCCCUCAGACAGAGCCCUGAGAAACAAGACUCUGCCCCAGGGAAUUUUGAAGUGUUUGAAGGUACGACUAUCUAUUACGAUGAUGAUCCGGUGAAGGAAACACCAUAUCCAGAUUUGCAAGUGUCGCCGUCUAAAGACGCAGUCAGUCCAUCUGUGCAAGACCAGAAAGCAGGGUCUGAGUUGCCUCUUGUCAGAGAUAUUCUGAAGGAAGCUGAUAUUGGUGCCACAAAGCCUGUGGAUUCAUCAGAAACCCAGCAGAUCAGCGUUGCUGCUGCAGGAAUGACAGAGGGGAUAAGCCACAGUGAAGUAGUCACCACUGUUAACAGCAGCAUUGCUGAUCAAGAACAGUCAGAUGCUGAACCACCAGUGCCAAAUGCUGAUGCUUACCAUACCUUGGACUUCAUGACUAGGAAGCCUCUCUCUGAAGAAAGCUUCCAGCCAACGCCCAGGGUUGAUGAGGAACCUGUGAAAUCUGAUACGCCAGUGGGGAGCGGUCAGGAGAAGACUGAUGAUGAUGGGGGUAAAAAUAAUGAGGCUGAUUCUCUCAAAGAGGAAAGAAAAAACGCUGUGAACGCAAAUUCUCUUAACUCUCUCAAGGAUGAGAAAAAACCUGGUGAGGAUGACUCUUCCAAGGAGGAGGAAAAACCUGGUGAGGAUGACUCUUCCAAGGAGGAGGAAAAACCUCGUGAGGAUGACUCUUCCAAGGAGGAGCAAAGACAUGUUGAGGAUGGGAAACUUACUGACUCUCCUAAAGAGGAGGAAAAAGACAUUGACGAUAAUAACGAGAAAGAUGGUAGCCUUUCUCCUGAGGAAGAUAAACUGAAAGAAACUCAAGAAGAAAAGAAAGAGGAAGUUCUUGAAAAAACUGAUAACAGCCCAUCCAAAACAACAACAACACACCCUGAGACAGAAACCAAAGCAGAAGACUCUCCUGGUAGUAAACCACCACUGGGAUCUGAAGAUGAAGAAGUUCCUUUCUCACCUCCACCACAGGAAAGUGUCACACAGCAUCCAGAACAGGAAACUGUUACAGAGACACCUAAUGACCCUGAAGAACCAGACCCAGUUGGAGUAACUCCUCCCACCACAACUCCGGCCAGCCAGCCUGAAUGGGAGACUCCAAUUCCUGAUGACCUGAAACAUCCCGAUGAGAAGAAUGACCCUUACGCAUCAGAUGACCACUGGUCAAGACGUAUUACAGACGCUCAGUUAGAAGAGGAGAUGUAUUCAUCAGGUUUCCAAACGUUCAGUAAACAAGUGAUGGCGGUGGUUGAGCCUGGUCUUCAAUGGGUUGUAAUGAAGAUGCCUCCAUCAAUACAGAAUAUUUUGGAAAAAGAGCCUCUUGGGUUGUCUCCCCCUGUGCUGGUGUUUGUCACCAUGGCAACAUUUGUCAUCAUGAUGACAGUUACCUGCUGUUCGUGUGUAUGUAGGGGUGGUGGCCAGCGUGGAAAGAAGUCCAAUCCACUAGUGGUUGUGCGUGGACUGGAAGAAAAACUGUUUGUAACGACAAAAGAAAAAGAAAACCUGGAAGAUGAACUGGUAGAAUCAAAGAAGAAGGUGAAAUCAUUGGAGAAGCAGCUGCAAACACAACAGAAGUCCACAGGCUCCAGCCAGGUGGAAGUCCAGAAUCUGAAAUUACAUAAUAAUGCUCUUAAGGAGUCAGUUGCCUCCCUUCAAGCAGAGGUGGAAUCCUACAAGGAGACUUUCAAACAAGCAGAAGACAACAUGCUGCAGCGACAAGGGGAGAUUGAGAGGCUACAGGAGAACAUCAGAGAGUGGGAAGCCCAUGCUGCAUCACUGGAGAGUAAACAUCAGGAGGCCAUGAAGGAGUUGGGUGGUCACAAAAGUGUAACAGACAAUCUUAAUACACAGAUAGAGGCUCUCAAUGAACAAGUGCAGUUCUUGGAAACCAGAAAACAUCAGCUUACUGUAGAAGCAGAUGAAUGGGAGAAAAAGGUGAAAGAGCUCACAGAAACCCUGGGUCAGACUCAGGAGGAGUUGAAAACAAUGGAAGAGAAUAUGACAUUUAAGGAAAAUGAGCUGGAGGUGUUACGUGACUGUUUUGUCCAGCUGAAGGCAUUUGAAGAUGAGAGGCCAGAAGAUGGAAGCAGCUCAGAAGGUUCUAGGUCUCUGGAGGAAAAACUAAGAGAUAUGAUGGAUGUAUCAAGGGUGAAUGCUACUCUUAAAUCCAAUGAAGAGGAACUGGAGUCACUGAAAAACAAAUUGUACAUAGAAACAGAUGCCAGAAAGGAAAUGGAAGAUCAGAUAGAAAGUCUGAAGAGAGAAGUAGACAACAUGAGCAUGGACAAGGCUAAAGCUGAACGUACAUGUCAGGAGGCCACAACCAAACUCACUGUACUCACAACAUACUUCAAGGAGAAAGAGGUUGAGCUACAGAAGGAGUUGGGUGAGCAGGAAACCCUGAAGAAACAGAGCGCCACACAGCUGAUGUCAGCAGAUGAGAAGACUAGGGAUAUGCAGCUAGAGCUGACAACAUUAAGGGAAAGAGUGAAAGACCUAGAAAAUGAGAUAACCUCUGCAGAACGAGAUUUUAGGGCACAAAUCGCCAGCAAUGAAAAGAAGGCCCAUGAAAAUUGGCUUGCAGCAAGAGCGUCUGACAGGGAAGCCAGAGAAGCUAGACAUGAAUCUUCUAUACUUAGGCAAAAAUUAAUGGAUUUAGAAAGACGGCAGGCUGUAGGGUUAAUACGUCCCUUACCUACCAGGGGAAUGCCACCGCCUUUAGGUUUACCCAAUGGGCCUCCGCCUCCCUUACCUCCUCUUGGUGACAGACCGCCCUUUUCUCCAGACCGACCUUUGUCAAGGUCAUCAAUGCCAGCAUUUAGAGACGAUGAUCUCAGAGGGUCCCCACGACCUAUUAGGUACCCUCCCCCUCCCAUGGACCGGCGGCCAUUUCCACCUGGCAUGCCACCUCCUCCGGGCAUGAGGAUGCCCCCACCCCCUCGCGACAUGAGGUCACCCCCAGGGGACCUGCACUCACCCCCUCCCUACGAUAGGAGGCCCCCUCCUCGGGACAUGCGAUCCCCUCACAGGGAUUCCCCUCCGCCUUUUGACCGGAGACUCCCUCCCCACAUGAACAGGUCACCCCCAUAUAGACCCGAUAUGCCACCCCCACCCCACCUGAGGGGUGCACCUCCCCCGCCUCGCCUAGGGCCAGGAUCCCCCACAGGCAGAGGAGACCCGGACAGACCAAGUCCCCAUGGCAACGCCCCGUAUGAACCUCCCCCUAGAGACAGGCCACCACGACAACACAGUCAAGUCUGAUCCGUACAAACUAGAAACUAAAUAAUAUUAGGAUAAGUCUGUACAUUUCUGGUAGUGUCUGUACAUUUUCCUGUUGUACAUAGAUGUUGAUUCAUCUGUUACAUAUUGUAUACAUGUACAUGCUGUGAACUGUCUGUUGGUGCGUCUUACACCUGACUUUGCGCCAUGCCAUGCCUAGACUCAUGCCAUGCCAUGCCUAGACUCAUGUCAGUCAUUCAUUGUUCAGUUAGAUUUCUACAAUAAUCCUGGUCAUGUAAUAGUACAAGCCCUGAACAAGAACAUUAAAAACUCUCACAAAAUCA